UGAUGCUGGGAGGCCGCUGUUUUCCGACGCUCUGCACAUUAUAUCUGUGAUUCUCCUGUGGCUCCAUAUUAAAUUAUACAGGCGACCAGUCAGAGCUGCCAGCGAGGCUCGUCUGCCAGAGACGCUGGGAUUUAGUGUCCCUGUGCAGCAUAGUCCUUCUCCUCGCCAUUGUCCCUGACCGUCAUUUAACCAUCACUCUAUGCACAGAAAACAUGCCCCUGGAUGUACAAUGGGUUGCGGUGCUCUGUGUUCUAAAGUAUCCGAUCUCCAAGAAGAAGGAAUCAAUGCCAUCAACCUGCCCAUGAAUCCGAUUCCUUAUGAAUUGGACCCAGAGGACACCAUGCUUGAGGAGAAUGAGGUGAGGACCAUGAUUGACCCCUAUUCCCGAAGUGACCCCCGGCUGCAGGAGCUCAUGAAGGUUCUAAUUGACUGGAUUAAUGACGUGCUGGUGGGAGAGCGAAUAAUCGUGAAGGACCUCGCCGAGGAUCUCUACGAUGGGCAGGUCCUGCAGAAACUCUUUGAGAAGCUGGAAGGCGAGAAGCUGAACGUGGCCGAAGUCACCCAAUCCGAAAUUGCUCAGAAGCAGAAGCUGCAAACAGUCUUGGAGAAGAUCAAUGAGACCCUGAAACUUCCUCCGAGAAGCAUUAAGUGGAAUGUGGACUCCGUUCAUGCCAAAUCCGUAGUAGCCAUCCUCCAUCUUUUGGUUGCCUUAUCUCAGUAUUUCCGGGCCCCUAUUAGGCUUCCCGAUCAUGUGUCAAUACAAGUGGUCGUGGUACAGAAGCUGGACGGUAUGCUGCAGUCUCGCCAAAUUCAGGAGGAAAUAACCGGUGACACAGAGGCCUUAUCAGGAAGACAUGAGAGAGACGCCUUUGAUACACUGUUCGACCAUGCGCCCGAUAAACUUAAUGUGGUGAAAAAGACUUUGAUAACUUUUGUUAAUAAACACCUAAAUAAACUAAACCUGGAAGUGACGGAGCUGGAGACACAGUUUGCAGAUGGCGUCUAUCUCGUACUACUGAUGGGUCUUUUGGAAGGAUAUUUUGUGCCCCUCCACAAUUUCUUCCUGACUCCGGACAGCUUUGAGCAAAAGGUGUUAAACGUAUCUUUUGCUUUUGAACUGAUGCAAGAUGGUGGCCUAGAGAAGCCCAAACCGAGGCCUGAAGACAUUGUCAACUGUGACUUGAAGUCGACCCUCCGCGUCCUGUACAAUCUGUUCACCAAAUAUCGCAGUGUGGAAUAACACCGCGCCACCACCGGAGAAACACGUCUGGAAAAUAAGCCUAAAAACCUUUACAACCAUUAACUAUUUUUUUUAUUUUAUGCUGAAAAAAAGGGAACAUUUUAGAUGUUUUUGGAUUAUUUUUAGGACUCUUUAGUAUUGGGUUCAGCUGGGACCACAAUCCAGGUAAUGGGGAAGUGGUAACCUUUACCACCUAUUCCUAUCAUGGACAGGUACAUUAACCAUUGUGUAACCUUCAUAUGUAGUCAGGAGUUGGUGCCUGUCAUCAUUUUAUAUGCAGACUCUGCCCUUCAUUUAAAGGGCAUCUCCACCCAUAUUUCCCUUUUCCUUCCAAUUUCUUAAACAUUCUGCUUUGUCAUGGUUAUUUCUGUUCCUUAGAAUGUGGGUAACCACAUAUAUAGCUAUGUUAGUAUUGGGAAAUAUCACUCAACUUUUCCAGGCUUCUGACUGGUAAAUCUUUCCUGGAUGUGCAGUAAAAACACACAAUUUUCUUAUAGCUAGAUAAACAUUUGGGUGCAGUUCAUGGGUCUGAGUAACAAUCCUUGUAAGAGCUUCUGUUACAGGAAUAUGGGAAUUUACCCAGCUUUCCCAGGCUCAUGAAUGGUCAUUUGUGUCUAGUUAUGCAGUAAAAAACAACUUUUCUCUUUAUAGCUGUAUGAUCAAUUGUUUUUUCUGGUUCAGGAGUCUAGAAAAGCUGACUGAUGACCUGUGUUUUUUGGGCCAUAUUGAUUGCCACCCAGCUUUUGAAUGCUAAAUGUGAUCCAGUUAUGCUGUAAAAAAAAAAAAAAACUACUUUACCCUUAUAUCUGUAUAAUCAGAUUUUGUAGUUAUGGGGUCUAGGAAAUCUGGGUGACAAUAUGGCUGUUUUUCAUCUAUACUGGUUGUCACCCAACAUUUCCAGGCUCUUGAAUGGUAAAUGUGGUCUAGUUAUGCAGAAAAAAGAACCAACUUUUCCUUUAUAUGGGAUUAUUUAGAUCUAGGAAAGCUAGAUGAAAGCUGGAUGACAAUGUGGCUGUUUUAUUUUUAUUUAUUAUUAUUAUUUUUUUUUAGAUAUAUUGGUUGUCAUCCAACUUUUCCAGGCUCCUGAAUGCUAAAUCUGGUCUAGUUAUGAAAAAAAAAAGACUAACUUUUCCCUUAUAGCUGUAUAAUCAGAUGACAUUGUGGUUCAGGAGUCUAGAAACGCUGAGUGACAACUCUUGUAAGAGCUGUUUUUGCAGCCAUUUUGGUUGUCACCCAGCUUUCCCAGCAACACAGCUAUAAAAAAAAAAAAAAAGAUAAUUUUUAACAGGUUGGGGAUUUUUCUUUAACUUUAAGGGGGAAAGCUCUUUUAUACAGUGCCACUGUUGUAUACAUUCCUAUGAGAUGAAGUGAAUACUUUGCUUUUAUAAAUUAGUCCAUUAAAUUAGCAAAAAAAUAUUAUUUUUUUCAAAGAUUAUUUUUUUAAACAUUUGGUUAAAAUCUAAACGUUUGCGCAUUAUGUUAAAAUUGUAAAGGAAAAAAAAAAACAUCUAAAAAGUAAGCAUACAGUGGGCAUUGUUUCCCAACCAGUGUGGCUCCAGCUGUUUCAAAGCUACAACUCCCAGCAGUCAAAAGUGUGGCUCCAGCUGUUGCAAAACUACAAGUCAAUGCAGCCAAAGGCUGUCCCGGCAUGCUGGGAGGUGUAGUCUUGCAACAGCUGGAUGCACCCUGGUUGGGAAACACUGCCCUGUAUAUUCUGUAAAAUUUUAGAUAAGGCAAUAGAUUUGCACAAUUUGCAAAUGCCAAUUGUACAGAUUUUUCUUUGCCCCAUUUUUGUUACAUUUAAGAAAAAAGUGAAACAUGGAUACAAUGUUAAAUACAAAAAGGUUUUGGAGAGGCUUUUGUCGGACUAAUCACAAUAAAGACCCGAGCUGCCCAACUGACACCUAUACCCAAGGUGUCUAAAAAAAAUGGCUUGAAUACAAUACAGAAUAUGGGGCUCAAGGUCACGGAUAUUGCUCUAUAUAUUAUUUAUUGUAUAUAAAAAUAUAAUUUCAACAUAUUAUAUUCAUAAAGUACAUUGUGUCCUGCGACUCACAGGGCCCUUGUGCGUCAUCAGGAUCACUACACACAAAAUAAUGAUGAAAUAGUAUUAAAUGAAAAUGCAAUAAAAUGGGAUAAUCAGCCGUGUGUGCCGGAGAAGUGCUGCAGUCCACCAAGUCGGAGCCCACUAUUAUCAGCGCUGCGAUCCAUAGAGACGGCAGAGUCUCCAGCUAAGAGAGCCGACACGGGGGCAAAGACCAGCGCCCACUGUUCGGUAAACUCCAAUUUGUUUACGAUACCGGCUUAUGGCACCAGCUAUUACGGUAUCCUAAUAGGACAGGAAUCCACAUAGAAGUCCUCCUAAUUCCACUCCCGGACCGGUGAGCAUCUUAUCUAUGACAAACUGAAUACACUGCAUCUGGCUGACAUUAUCAUUCAUCAUAUACCUACCAGUCAAUACUGUGUCCGAGGACAAUAACAGAACUUAUUGAGCACUAUUAUCUCCAACAUAUAUACAAGCCCUUAUUGUGUCUGAGGACAAUAAUGGAACUUAUUAAGUAUUAUUAUUCUUAUGAUGGACUGGUCUGUAGUGAUCCUGACGACACACAAGGGCCCUGUCAGUCGCAGGACACAACGUACUUUAUGAAUAUAUGUAUGUUGAAAUUAUAUAUUUAUAUAUAAAUAAUAUAUUGAUCAAUAUCCGUGACCUUGAGCCCCAUAUUUUGUAAUGGAUACAAUGUUAUCUAUUGUUAACAUACAUUUCUUUUUCCUAUUAUUAUUAUUAGUAUUACUACCCACAUUCCCAUUAUCUGUUAUCUGUGGGCUCAGUUUCCUGUAUGAAAAUAAUGGAUUUUUGAACUGCCCCCACCCGAAAAUAAUGGAUUUUUGAACUGCCCCCACCCCACCUCCUAAAUAAAUAAAAUAAUUAACGUUCAUUUCAAAUUAUUAUAUAUGCAUAUAAUGCGUGUGUGUGUAUAUAUAUAUAUACAUAUACACACACACACACACAUUUUAUAUAUAAAUAUAUUUAUACACACAAAGCCAUAUACCGUACUAUUUUGACCGCAAAAAAGUAAGUAUAGGCGAAAAAUGACGGAAAAACUGUCACCAAUACAACAACAUAAAAAAAUUAAUAGACACAGUAAAUAUAUUAGAUUUUUUCUAUCCUGUAGAAAAAUUCAUAUGUAGUGUACAAGGAUUCUGGCAUCGUUAGAUUCCAGGAAAACAACUCAGUCUCGACUCCAUUUAACACACAAUUUAUGGCUUUUUUUUUGCUAAUUUCUGCUAAUGAAUAAGAGCCACAGGUCUGUAAUUAACCUGCUGUGAAAAUGAAGAGGCUGAAAUAUAUAUAUAUGUAUACGAAGAGCGCUCGGCGUGGCGCUAAUCUGCCACCGAUACACAACAACGCGGACGCAUUGUCAGGUGUUUCCGUUCUUUAAUCAGGCCUCUAUGAUAUCAUGGCGGUCCCUCGCAGGAUCCAACAAAUGGAUUCAUUGUAAGCCACGAUCCUGUAAGGAGAGGUGCUAUAUUUACACACUCGCUGCGUGCGAGGAAUGUCGUAAACUAUUUCAAGAAUAAUAGAAUAUACUAUAUUGCCUAUUGUGAUAAUCGGCCACAGCCUGGCCGGGGGUUCUAUAGGCUUUGCCAAGUGACCUUAAUUGAUUUUCCAGGAUUUGUUUUGUAAAACAAUUUUACUGUCUCAGCGGUAAAAUUAUUCUAUAAGCUAAAAUUAUUUCAUAUUCUAUACAUUAGUCUUAAUAUACGAUAUGUAACUCGCUCUGAGGGUUUUGUCUUUAACAGGAAAAAUUCUCUUUCUCCCUAAAUACUGACUAGUUGGUGCUGCUAGUAUAUUGCAAAAUUUGUAUCAUUUCAAUGUUAUGUAUUGUUUUUAUUUUGAUUAUAUAGUGCAGUAUAGAGAGAAUAAUGUUAAAGGGGUACUCCGUUGCUCAGCGCGAAUGCUGGUGCCAGUAGCUAGUGACGUCAUAGCCCCGCCCCCUCAAUGCAAGUCUAUGGGAGGGGGCGUGAUGGCUGUCAUGCCACCUCCCAUAGAAUUGCAUUGAGGGGCGGGAUGUGACGUCAUGAGAGGUGGGGCUAUGACAUCACGAGCUCCCGGCGCCAGCUUGAACAGUUUGCUCCAAACGCUGAGCAGCGGAGUACCCCUUAAAGGUCUUUGUGUAGCCUUACCUGUUUUUAGGUGAUGUGGCAGGCAUGGGGUUUUCAGCCAUACUGAUUUCUAUUUUAGCGGUAAAAUGAAUCCCUAACGCUGCCUACAUUUCCCAUGAAUCAUCCUUUUUAGAGAUUUUUCGUUUGAGUGUGGAAUUAUGGUUCUGCCUAGUAAAAAUACUAGUACUGGGCUGUUUUAAUACAUUCCGUUUUGCUGUAUUUCUGUCAUUAUUCCUUUCACACCACUGAUUUUGGAUGGAAAUUGCAAUCCCAUUGAUUUCUAUAGGAUUCCAUCGCUGAGUUCCACCCAAAGAAUGAACAUGAACAUAGCAGCAACAGUAUACAGAUAGAACUGAUUUAACCCUUAAACACACUUUUCAGGAUAAGCUGCCCUGUGUGUGUAAUUGAGGAGUAGUACUACACAUAAUAUAACAUAUUGCAUUCUUUAGCAAUUUCCCCUUUGUAAGCUUCAUCUCUAAUUUUUAAAUUUUCCCUGGAUUUGUGUGUGUAGAUUAGCUAUUAUGAUGUCUUCAUACACUGUACACACUCACCCUUCCCCCAACCAUUUUCCAUAGACUUCUAUGGGCAGCAAUGUGGACAUUAUGUGGCAGUACUGGGCAGUGUAAGCUCUGAAUCCAGUACUAGGGUUGGAUAUUACACUAACUAGAGCUUUCAGCAGCCUCUCUCUGCCCCCUCCCUUCUUCAUAGACUUCUUUGGGCAGCCUGUCCUUUGAUUCCUCACUAAACUGUUUGGGCAUACUGGAAGUUGUAGUUUUGCAACAGCUGGAGGCACCAUGGUUGUGAAACACUGGUCUAGACAUACUUUAGUAGUUUUUCAUAGUGAAUGAUAAGUUAAGAGGGUAUGGGGGAGCAGGAAAGGAGCCUGAUAAAUUGAGAAAGAAGAAUUUUUCUCUGCUAAGAUAUAUUACAAAGUUCGAUGAAAGGUUAGUGAACAUUUUAAGGUAUAUCUUGUGUAAUGCCCCUUGUAUUCUUUGCUGCAGCUCUCUGUAUUGACAUAGCUUUCUUUUCAAAAACAGCACCACAACUGUCCUCAGGUUGUGUGUGGUAUUACAACCCGGCUCCAUUCAUAUCAAUGAAACUGAGCGGAAAUACCACACGCAAGAACGGCGCUGUUUCUGGAAAAAAACUUUUUCUAAUCCUGGAUAACCCCUACAAGUUGGUCGUAGACACAAUCAUAGGUAGACACGCUAUUUAGAGAGAUAAUUGUUGCAAUUGAUGCAACAUAUUGAAACUAGCCAAAUAUGGACAAAGAGUUUCCCAUACGGAGCAGACCAGAAAAGCAAAAUGUAUAAAUGUUUCUUUUUUUUCUUUAAAAUACAAAUUUUGGUCAUUUUAUACACGGUUCCCUAUAACAGCGUACGUUACAAUUUUAUGGCAUGCCAUAACAAAAGCUAAGGUGCUAUAAAAGCAUUAUACACUAUACUAAACACUACAUUUGUAUGAGUAUUAUUAAUUUAUUCCAGUUAGUAUUUUUGCCACUUUUUUUUUUUUAUGUUAACGCUACAUUGCAUGAUUUGUUUAUUGUACUCACUGUGCACAAUGUGGAAGGCUAAAUUACAAUACAGAACUACUAAGGGAUAACCUAAAAAGUGCCCUCAUUGAUGGUGCAUGGUGGGGUUGUUCUACUGUAGUGUUGUCCUAACCUGUGGCUCUCUAGCUGUUGCAAAACUACAACUCCUAGCAUGCCCAGACAGCCGAAGGCUGUCUGAGCAUGCUGGGAGUUGUAGUUUUUCAACAGCUUGAGAGCCACAUGUUGGGGGAUACUGUUUUACUGCAUAGCUUAAAAUGGCUUAGUAACCUGUAUUUUGUAGUAUAUCAUGUUUCAUUUGUGUAGGAUGAUUGUAUUAGAUCUGGUAAUGAGGGGGCGCCAUUGCAUUGGUGCUUAUGGGAAAACUGUGCAGAUUGCAAAGUGGUAGGAGAUGGUAAUGCAAAUGGGAAAAGUAAGAAAUGUCUAUUAAAAAUUGCAAAACGUUAUUUUAUUAAACAGAAACAUGUAUUUUGUUACGUUAGUAAAUGCCUCAUUGGUAGUUUGCAUUGCCAAAUGCGGCACUGAACUGCCGCCACGAUGUACGUGUCAUUUUUUCCUGUUCUGCCUCGCGAUCUAUAUUUUUAUGUUGCAGUGCGUAAAAAAUGAAGAAAAUUAUAUUUAUAUCUUAAUGUAUCACAUAAUAUGCUGCUUUUUUCACUUAAAAUAAAUGAUUUAUUCAUGACA